UGGACUACUGCUUUAUCUGCUGUGUUCAAAUAAAUGUUAUCCGAUAAUAAUGACGUCAUAUUUUCAUAUACAAAUCAGUUGUUUACUAACGAGAGUAGAUGCCUUGUUUUGUACAUGAAGUUUACAUUGACCGUGGGCUUGAAGUUUAUAUUGUGCAUUGUUGAUUAACGCUACAUUAACGCAAACAGAACAUGUAUUUUGCCGGCGAAACUGACUUUUUUAACCGGUUACGGAUCCAGGAUUAUAAGAGUCUAUAAUAAAUAAUAUUCCGUGAAACCUGUAACAAAGUGGUUGACAUUAACAAUGAUUUUCUCCAUUGUAGCAUUUUUUGUCCAUCUUUUGUUUCUCUUAUCGGUAUUCUAUAUAUAUUUCCGAUCACCUGUGCUUAAUGGCCUACCUGAUGGACCCAGAAAUGAAGAAGCGAUCGCUGAUAGAGUUGUCGUGUUUGUCGCUGACGGUUUACGGGCGGAAUCAUUUUUGAAACACCAUGCGAAUAGGACCCAAUUCCUGCGGAAUGUCAUCAUCAAUAAAGGAGCUUUCGGUAUAUCUCACACUCGUGUUCCAACAGAAUCCAGACCUGGGCACGUAGCACUUUUUGCCGGUAUCUAUGAAGAUCCGAGUGCCAUUUUCAAAGGAUGGAAGGAAAAUCCUGUGGAAUUCGAUUCGAUUUUCAAUCGAAGUGAUACUUCUUUUCUCUGGGGAAGUGCAGAUAUUCUUCCUAUAUUCACAAGUGGUAUUAACCAUAGAAAAAUAUAUACCGACCAUUAUUCGACGGAUUUUGACGCAUUUGUUUCAAACAGCAACACAAGCGCACUAGACAUUUGGGUGUUUGAUAGAGUCAAGCAAUUUUUUGCAAGAGCCGACAAUCUUUCCGCGCUAAAAUCUGGGAGAAGAAAUGUGCUGUUUUUACAUCUUUUAGGUUUGGAUACAUCAGGCCAUGUUCAUAAGCCGUACUCGGAUCUCUUUUCAGAAAAUCUGUUGACUGUCGACAAGGGAAUUGAAGAAAUUGUUCGUCUCAUAGAUGUACUAACAAAUAAUGAUCGAAGAACUUUAUAUAUAUUUACUUCUGACCAUGGAAUGACGGACAAAGGUUCUCAUGGGUCAGGACAUCCAACUGAAACAGAAACUCCUUUCGUAGCUUGGGGUGCUGGAAUUCGACAUUGGAAAAAGGCCGAACACGAAGCAGAGAGUCUUGGAAUUAAACUCGGCGAUGUUACUGUACCAAGAUGGGAUUUGAAUCAAGCAGAUGUUACUCCAUUGAUUUCUGCACUUCUCGGAAUAGCAAUCCCGAAAAACAAUUGCGGCAAACUCCCAUAUCACUACCUGGAAGCUUCCGAUAUUUAUGUUGCAAAUGCAAUGUGGAUUAAUGUGGAACAAUUAUACAAUCAGUAUUUGUAUCUGCAAAGCCAACACAAUCAGAAAUGGUAUCAAUGGUCUCUUUAUGACAGACAAGAUCAUUAUAUGAAUUUAAUAAACCAGUUAAAAGGUAAUGCCUACUUGUCGAACGAAACUCGUAGAUAUGAACAAAUGAUAACAACGUGCGAAACUCUGAUGAACAUACUACUGGAAGCUAUCGAGUAUUAUCACACAUACUACAAAUACGAAUUACUCUUUGUGCUAUCAAUGACAAUGAUUGGAUGGAUUAUGAUUUUGGUGGACAAAAUAUUCUAUUCUGAAAAUUUAGUGAAAACAAUUAAUGCCCGAUUGGUACUGACAGCUAUCGGCACAAUAAUAAUUAUUUAUGUUUUUAACAUCCUGCAAGGAACGCCUUCUAUUGUGAUUGCUUAUUUUGUAUUACCAGUGUUUUUCUGGACACCUGUGCUCUCUAGAUGGAAGAACUACGUGUCUAACAUCAGUGGAAAAAUGGCUGGACGAAUAUUUUUAAUCAUUGGAUGCACAGAAUUAUUAGUCGCUUCAUUUUAUCAGAGAAAAGUGCUCUGUUUGUUUCUGAUCACCCAUGCGACAUAUUUCAUAUUUCGAACCCGUAAAUUGAAACGAACAGAGAUUUUUCCGUCAUUAAUUCUACUGUGUGUAAGUAACAUCGUACUUAGUGGAUUUCAAAUGCUACCGGUAGUGGAAAAAGACACUAAUAAUCCCUAUCUAUUAUUGAUUGGAGUGCUGUUAUGGGGGAUUACUAACUUUGUCAUCACUUUAAGAUCAGGAGAGAGUAUAUAUUUUUGCUCCGUUCAAGUCAUAGUAUGUUUACUACAUUUUUUGAAUAUGACUUUUUCGAUCAUUCUGCUGGAAAUGGGCUACAGUUUGGGCUGGCUCAGUCGCCUCAUAUCAUGGAUAAUUCUUGGUUCUUCAUUCAUUGUUCCGCUGUUUUCUACAUUUUCAUUGGUUAAUCGCGUUUCGACAAUAAUUCUGAACUUUUCGGCACCAUAUACUAUGUUAUCGCUUUCGUACGAACCACUAUUUCUGGUUGCAUUUUCUGCAAGCUUGGUUGCUUGGAUUCGAUUGGAGGACAUUCUUCACAAACACACAGUACAGAUUGCAAAACUGUCCCUACCAAGCAAACCAGAGAAAUACGCGCACAUAGAUUUUGGUGAUUUUAGAAGGUGUUUAAUAUUGAUCUCGUUUAUCUUGACAUCGUUUUUUGGAACUGGAAACAUGGCAACUGUCAGUUCAUUUGACCCUAAUUGGGUACGGCUGUUGGUUACUUCAUUUUCACCAUUCCUCAUUACUGGAUUAAUCAUACUUAAAUUGCUGAUACCGGUUUUCAUAUUAAUUUGUGCCAUGAAAGCCUUGCAAAUCACAAUGAAGGUUGAAUCCCGGGUGUUGUUUCUGAUAAUAUUUGUCAUUUGCGAUAUUAUGUGUCUCCAAUUCUUUUUUCUCAUAAAAAAUAAAGGAUCUUGGUUAGAUAUUGGUACAUCGAUUUCGCACUUUGUCAUAAUGGAGUGCACGACUAUUGUUUUCAUAGCGUUGUUUCAUUGUGCAAAUUUCCUACUAAAAUUUUCCAUAAUACCUAGAAGUAAGAGCGGAGAGGCUGUUAAAUAUAUUCAUAAUCAAUCGAAGAUUAAUAUGGACUAAAUUGUGAAAAUUCUAAUGAAGGAAUGUCAAACAAAUUUAUUGUUGAACUAUAAAGAAUUCAUGAAAA